UGGUACCGAAGGGAAGUGGUUAUCAGCAUCUGGUAAAAUGGUUUUUAUGGAAUAUCGUCUUUACCUUCCAGGAGAUCAUCCUUAUCGUAAGCAAAAAAAGGUUUUUAAUGGAGAACAAGUAUUUGAGAAACGUCCAAAGAUCUUGAUUGGUGAACAAGUGUUUGAAAAGGUGAAAGACAUCCAAAUUACAUUUGGUAAGAAAAAGGAACACAAAGAUGCAAUUCCUUCGAAGGGGUACAAGAAGUGUUCAGUAUUAUGGCGUCUACCUUAUUGGAUAUUCCUCUUUGUGAGGCAUUCUCUUGAUGUGAUGCACAUUGAGAAGAAUGUGUGUGAUAGUGUAAUUGGUACUUUGUUGAACAUCCCCGGUAAGACAAAAGACGGAGUUAACGCUAGAGCAGACUUGAAGGAACUUGGAAUUAGAGAAGAACUCCAUGUCAUUGAGAUGAAUAAUAAGAAACAAAAAUAUCUACCUCCGGCAACUUAUACGUUAUCUAGAAAAGAGAAAAUUGAAUUUUGUGAAAGUUUGGCCGGAGUUAAAGUUCCUGAGGGUUAUUCUUCUAAUAUUCGUAACCUUGUGUCAAUGGAAAAUUUGAAGCUUGUGGGUCUUAAGUCUCAUGAUUCUCAUGUUUUGAUGCAACAUCUUUUACCAGUGGCCAUUCGUUCUAUUUUACCUAAAAAAGUCCGUUAUGCGAUCAAUAGGCUCUGUUCUUUUUUCAAUUUUAUAUACAGUAAGGUAAUUGAUCUUACUUACUUGGAUAUUUGGGAGAAGGAGAUUGUCAUUAUUCUUUGCCAAUUAAAAAUGUACUUUCCUCCAUCUUUCUUUGAUGUUAUGGUUCAUCUAACUGUUCACUUAGUUAUGGAGAUAAAACUUUGUGGUCCAGUGUAUUUAAGAAAUCAGUGGGCUUUUGAAAGACAAAUGAAAACAUACAAGGGAUACGUAAAGAAUGCUUAUCGACCUGAAGCCUGCAUUGUCGAGCGACAUCUUUAUGAUGAUGCGAUGGCAUAUUGCAACAAGUAUUUGAAGAAUGUGAAGAUGGUCGAGAUUCUUGAGUCUCGACAUAGUGGACGACUUGAUGGGAAAGGGACUAUAGGUAAGACACAACUCGAUAUGUCUCCUAAUAAACUGCAUAUGGCACAUACAUAUAUUCUCCAUAAUGAAGAUGAAGUGGUACCAUAUAUUGGAAAACACAUAGCUCACUUGAGAAAGAAUCGACGUAAGGUAGUUGAAAAGGCUUUAACCAUUGAGCAUAAUAAAACAUUUUCUAAAUGGUUUAAAGAUCAAGUGAUAAAUGAACUCAAGGAUUCCUUAAACUCUAUUUCCAAUCGACUUAAGAGUUUAGCAUAUGGACCACAUUUCAAUUCCUCCUUUUAUGCAGCAUAUCUUAUUAAUGGUUGCACAUUCUACACCAGAUCCCAAGAUGAAAUCAGUACUAUGCAAAAUAGUGGAGUGACUGUUGAAGCUGAAGCUAUGCAUUUUUCUAGUGCUAAAUACAAACGCCCAAUCUACAGCAAGAUGCAAUAUUAUGGAGUAAUUGAAGAGAUAUGCGAGCUGCAUUACUUUGAUUUUUCAGUUCCUCUUUUUGGGUGCAAUUGGGUUGACAGCAAGAGCGUUGUAACAAAUGAUGUAGGUUGUACAUUGGUUAAUUUAAGAAAAAUUGGUCAUAAUGAAGAUCCGUUCGUACUAGCAAGUCAAGUAAAACAAGUGUUUUAUAAGACGGACCCAAGUGACAAGAGGAUGUCUGUGGUUAUAACACCAAGGUCUCGUAUUGCCAUAUAUUACGUUGAUGAAGAUGUUACAUUGGAGGAGAAAACUUUGACAAAAUUCAUUGAAUUUGAGGAUGAUAUAGAUGACACUCCAUCAAUGUAUGUGCGGGAAGAUCAUGACGAAGGGAUUUGGUUUGAAUAAAAAAGCAUUGAGGGAAAAUCCCAAAAGCGUCGUCGUACAUCAAAAACUUAAGAAGAUUGAGGUUUGUUUUAUUAAUUAGAAUUUUAUUGGAUACAUAUACACUCAAUGGUAUACCUAUUUUUAUUUUUAACUCCUUAUUGUUUUUUCCCGAAUUCUAUCUAAUCGUUUUACUAUGUGUAGGCUAAUGGCAAAUACGAAGAAAUCUAUACCUGCUAAGCGAGUACGUGGUGAUGCAACCACUGAUGAGAGUGAUAGUGAUGAUGGUGAUCACAGGGGUCGUACUGUACAUGCAAAGGUUGGGAAGGCUAUUCAUGAAGGCCAGAAAAUCCAGUUGGAGUGGACUAAGAAACCUGAAAUUCCAUGUGGUGAACACAAAACUACCUUCUGCUCAUACAUAGAUAUUAUUGCUCGUGAAAGAGUCAAUAUUAAUUAUAAGCACUGGUCUGAUCUUCCGGAACAACUCCUUGACGAAGUGUAUGAAUUCAUAGCUGUAGAAGGGGUUUGUGGUACUCGAACAUCGUAAAAAUUGGAUUUUGUCACGAGCUGGAACUCGUUGGAGAGCUUGGAAAGCUAGAUUAAGGAAGAAUUGGUUGUAUAGAUCUAUAGGCAUCAUAAGAGAAAAGCCACCAAAGGAUUAUCCGUGGAUACUUCAAACAGAUUGGGACAAAUUCAUCAAGUAUUGUACAUCCAAGGAGUUCAAGGAUAGUGUUUUUUGUAGUGAAUAUAUGACAGUAACUUUAGGUCAAAUUGCAUUUGACAAUAAUAUGCAUGAUGAUUAGUGUUUUUUGUACAAUCAACUCGAUCCAAUUUAGUGUUAUUUCUACAGUUUACUCAAUCCAUUUGAUAAUGAAGUUUAUAGUCAUAUGUAUUAAGUGAUUUAUACUUUUGGCGAAGGAAUUGAGCGAAACUAAUAGAAAAAAGGCAAAUUUGAAGACAUCUGGCUAUCGAGGAGGGCGACUUGGGUAUCAAAAUUUUGAGAAAGAGCUUGUAUGUCUCACUUUUAUCCACAAAAAAACAAGCUGAUUUAUCUUGUUGAAAUAAAACAACUAUUUAAUACUAUUUUCUCCAAAUGUAGGAAAAAGAGCUAGAUGAACAAGGGGUUCAUCUUGAUCAAGUUCCUAGGCAUUGGACUUGGACAAGAGCUCAUUCUCAUGUGAAAGACGGAGUUAUUACCUUUAAGAAUCCAUGCGAUUUAGCAAUAGCUAAGGAAAUUCUAAGAGCUAAGCCCAUUGCAAUUUUGCUAAAUGUUAUGUCAACACUAAAUUUUCACAAUGCAUUUUAUUUUUGUUUGUUGAUGUUAGUAAGCAUUGGAAGCUCAACAAAAUAACGGAGAGAUAGUUGCUGAAGGAAGAAAUGACAUUUUAGUAAACGUUAUUACGAAAAAAGAGCAUGGUGGUUGUGUAAGAGCAGUUGGAUCAGGCAUAAUAAAUAAGGAGUACUUUGGCUUCAACAAACCAGCACCACCUAAAGAAUUACACUCUGUAAUCAAUCGUAUGCACACAAAAAUGAUGGGCAUGGAGAAAAAGCAGAAUUAUAUGAUCUCUUUUAUAAUGACAUGCUGUCAAUUGAAUCAGGAGCAAUUGUGUGACUUCAUGACAAAACUUGGUGAUUGUGUUGGCCAGGGAAUAGGUGGUGGUAAUGAUUUUGGGUCUGAUUCCCAUCAUAGUGAUUCUACUAGAGAAAAAGAAAAAAGUGGUAAUGGUGGAAAAGGAUCAAGUUUUAUGCCAUUUGCAAGUUUAGGAGUUCAAGAUGUGUAAUUUGAACUUGUAACUAGUAGUGGUGAUGACAUUGUUGACAAUGAAGCAAGGAAAGAAUUGAUUACCAAUGAAGAGCAUGAUAAUAGUGAGAAGCAUGGAUUUGAAAAUGAAUAGGUUCAUGAACCAGCUAUAAAAGAUCGUCAUACUAACAUUGAUGAUUGUGAACCAUAUGUUGUUCAAUUGCCUGAUUCCGAAGCGCAACCCACACCUUACAAUUAUCAAACUUCUCCUUUUAUUGAGGGACGGAAUGAUUGUUUGUUGGGGCUAGAGGGAGAUGAAGGGAUAGACAUUUUUGCCAUGGCAUAGGUUUAUAUACCGAAAGCAAUAGAAAUUGUGAAGAAUCAUGGGGCCCCUAUGCCAAGUGGUCAUUAUCGAGUCAAUAUUCAGACGGAUAUCGAGCCUAGUGCACUUUUGCCAUAUCCUAAUGAGGAAAUGACACUAGUUUGUCAAGCUAAGAAAUCUUUUAUUCCUUGGCCGUGUCACUUCAUUUUCCCUUUUCCCAGUGAUGCACAAAAGCAAGAUGCAAAGAAUUCCAUCUCAUCAUCUCAAAGUUCACCUUCAUCCUAUUUUCAAACUAAGGACGCAGUUGCACAGCAAGAUGAUGGAAACAAACUCAUCUCAUUAUCCCCGAAAUCACCUUCAUCAAUUUCAUCAUCAAAUCGGAAAUACCAAAUCACUGAUAAAGAUCGUGCCAAGCAGACCACAGACUUGGUAAAAAGUUUUAAAUUUGAAGCUUUAGCAAUGAGAAAAAGUGAAGAACAAAUCACUAUAGAAAUACCAGACUAUGUGUUCCACAAUAAGCAUACUGUUGACAUUGAUUACAUAGACAUGCUUGAUUGGUGUUAUCAACGAGAAAUAGGAGUAGGGCACCUUUCAAUUUUUAUUAAGUAUUUGAGUGAAUCUUGUCAAGAAGAAGGUAUCUCUGGAAUGUAUGGUUUUUGUGAUGCUAAUAUGCUUUCUCCAUUAUCACCAAUAGAGAAAGAAGAGGAUCGAUCUAACUACUUGGCUAGCAUUUUCACAUGUAAUAAUGCUAAGAAAAAAAACCAAUUAUUCAUGGCACCUUAUUACGAAAAAUAAGUGACAAAAUUUUUUUUGUGGUUGUCUUAUAUUAUUAUAAUAAUGUUUUUUUUUCAUCAAAAGAAUCCCCUUUAGUGAUAUUGAUUUGUGAAUGCUAUCUUUGUGUAGUCGGAAUUGGAUGUUAGCAAUUAUUAGUCCAUGGAAGGGAUUGGUUUAUUGGUUAGAUCCUGCUGGUGUGGAAAAUAAAGUGCGUGAAAAUGCUCGUAAAAUUAUUUAUGAGUAAGUACUAUACUAUUGAGACUAUUGAAAGUAGGCAACAAUUGAUUUUGGAGGAGCUAAGUAUUCGUCAAAAAUUUAUAUCAAACAUUAUGAUAUUGGUAUCGAAACAUAAUGACAUUUGGAUAUAAUAUUGAUGGAUUGGAUUUUCGGCAUCAAUGUUCACCUUCUCUUUCUUGGCUGCAUUUUAUAGGACUUAUGAUUGCAUGUUGUUGUGAUGUUUCUAGCAGCAAGAUACUUACCAAAAGUAGAGUUAGUUGACUACAUACAAGCAUCUAAAUCACCCCUGAUAGAAGUAUUAUAGAUUGGGAGAGUGUGAUUCAAAGUUGACAUUUGUUUGACAUAUUUUAUUUAUGGGCAGUUGAUUUUUUUGGGAAUAUAUUAUUUGAUUAGUUAUUGAGACAGGUUAUGAUGUAUUUCAUUGUUUCCCAAUUCGGGGGUUGUCUUAUAUACAAAGAAGACUCUACCGAAAUUUUUGCUCAAAUUUUUGUUAUUUGACACAUAUUGUUGCAAUAAGUUGGGUUAGUAAAAUUUUAAUGUAUUAUUAAUGUC